GAACAAUUUUGGGUUUAACGUCACCCUAUGACGUAAGACGCAAGAAACGGGCGCAUUGUAUUCUGGUCCUUGUGUGCGCCGGUGAUAGAAACAGAAACCAUACACGGCUUUCAAGCGAACCACGCUAAUAUUCAGCCUGGACAGGACAUUAAACGUUCAGUAGUUGCUGAUCUCUGACCACCUACAAAGCAGCCAUGUCGUCGACAUCCCAAAAACAUAAAGAUUUUGUGGCCGAGCCCAUGGGUGAGAAGGCUGUGAUGGCCCUCGCAGGCAUCGGAGAGGUCCUUGGCAAAAGGCUGGAGGAGAAAGGUUUUGACAAGGCGUACGUCGUCCUCGGGCAGUUUCUAGUGCUAAAGAAAGACGAGGAGCUUUUCCGGGACUGGCUGAAGGACACUUGCGGGGCAAAUGCCAAACAACAAGGUGACUGCUAUGGCUGUCUUAAAGAAUGGUGUGACGCCUUCUUAUAAAGCAUUCAGUCGUUGUUUUCUACUUCUGAAGCCCAAACUGUACAUGACCUCUUCAGUGAUCUCGAUUCAACUCAGCUGCACCAUAUAUAUGAACUGACACUGUACACACUAAUGAGGUUAUUGAAGUCCAUUUAUUUUUAAAGUAUCCUUAAAGCUGUUGGUGUAUUUCUGAAAUUCUUUGACCCCCAAAUAGAUUUCACACAUGCCCCUCUCAUGGUCUGUGUCAAGUAGGUCUAGACUUACACCCCCCUACUUUCUUUAAAUUGACAUUAAAUUAGGGCGGAUAGUCACAUAUGUCAGUAGCCCCUUUUAUGGCGGACAUUUAACUUGUAGUAGUAGUAAAAGCACAGGUGCAUCUAAUAACAGUAAUACCAGUCUACCAGUAAGUUUCAUCACAGAGCCAGCAUGCACAUUUUCCGCCUCGUGGACUUUAUAAAUGUUGUGCUGUAAGAACAGACUAUAGAGGCUCUUUAGACUGAAACUCUGCCAGUCUUGUUUUCAGUUUUGGGGAAAAAACUGCUCAUGCCCAUAUUAUUAAAUUUGUCCAAGGUCAUUAGAAUACUGCAUGUACUUUCUGUCAAAGGUUGAAUUUUAAAUGUAUGGUUCAUCCAUUGUUGGUCAUGUACUGGGAAUUUGCAUUUUUAAGUUAAACAUGGCUAAUUUGUUCUAUGUUUAAAGAUUUUACCUUCAGAUACAUUUUGGUGUCAUUUUUCUUUCUAUGUAUUGUAAUUCAACUGAAACUCUUGGGCUUCUCUCCCUGUUUGCCUGGUUUUUAAGCCACUGGAAAGGAACGUUGAUGUAAGCUGUAUUAUUUUUAAAUAGUGCAUUGUAUCACAGUUUGAUAUCAUGUACUGUCAGUCCACCAACAACAUUUAAAAGAUUUCUUGAAGAGGUGGAUUGUCUGUUUGAAGUGUCUUUCAGAGGAUAUGACUGAUUUAUGAGACAAACGAUAACAAAACCUCAAAACUAAUGUGACGCUGGUCUUAGGUGAGAAGUUGAUUGUUUUUUUUUCUGUCACAAAACCUUUUAACCUUUUGAUCUUGCCAAUGAAGAAGCAACAUGGCCAGAUGCCGACAUCUGGUCUGCUCAGAGCUUGUUUGAACCUGAAGAUGGAAAAGUAUAUAAAUAAAGACUCUGAUUCAACAAACUCAAA